AUGCCGUUGUCCGUCCUCCGCCGCCGCUUGCGGGGUCACCCGCCGCUCCCCUCCGUCCCGCCGCCCGCCCGGGCCCUGCCGUGGCCGCCCUUCGCUUUCUCCCCGCGCCGCCUGCGCCUGGGCCCGCGGCACCCGCUGUUUGAGGAUGGCGACGUGCAGAGGCACCUGUACCUGCGGGAGGCCCUCACGGGCCGCGCCGAGGAGGCGGAGAGGCUCAGGGUGUCUGAAUUUUGCUGCCACAUCUCCGGCUGCUCUCAGGUAUUCGACACGCUGGAGGGCUACGAGCACCACUACAACACACUGCACCGGAGCGUCUGCUCCUUCUGCAGGAGGUCCUUCCCCUCGGGGCACCUUCUGGACAUCCACAUCUCUGAGUGGCACGACUCACUCUUCCAGAUCAUGGCUGAGAAGCAGAAUAUGUACAAGUGCUUGGUAGAAGGCUGUGCGGAGAAGUUCAAGAGCAGCAAAGACAGGAAGGAUCACUUGGUCACUGUUCACUUAUACCCUGCUGACUUCCGAUUUGACAGACCAAAGAAAGUGAAGAGUGGUGCCAAGCACGUGAGCUGUCCUACAGAAUAUGAUGGGAGCAUGCUGAUGGAUGUCAGUGUGGAGACCUCAGAGCAGCUCCAGGCAGACCACAUGGAAGUAGUGCCCAGUGAGAGCAUGGAGGUCCCUCAGCCUACAGCCAGCACUUCAGAACCAGAGAAGCGUCUCUAUAAAUCCAGGAUCCCAUCCACAAUCUGCUUUGGACAGGGUGCCACCCGAGGAUUUAAAGGCUCGCAUAAGAAAGUGUGAAUGUCAGCACAGUAGAUUUGCGCAAGACAAAAAGACACCAGCAAUUGUGAUCGAAGCCCCCGUGUCCAAGCAAGAAUGUUUGCCAUUGCGUGCAAGGAUCUGCUCCAUAACGGGAAGGUGAAAAGGAGAAAAGAGCGGUGGUGCAGUUCGGAAUAUCUAGAAUCUUCGGGAGGUGCUUUGCCACAGUCCCUUCGUGUCUGUGUACCACGUCUCUUUGGCAGAAAUUGAGAGAAGAGCCUCGCUUGUAUUUAUUCUCCGUUAGACACAAAAGCUCUCCUCUCUGAUUUCCCCUGAAAUCAAACUGGAAAUAAAUUUUUCUGCCUCUC